AUGUUUAACUUAAUACCUGUAUAUAUUCUCGCUUUACAACUAUUAAACGCUUUAAAUAAUGUAUCGUGUCUAAUGCCGCGUAAAAUUAAUCCCUACCAACAAGUUUUUAAAAUAAUGUUAAGAGAACCGCCCAUAAAUCCAAAUAAUACCCACAAAGAUUAUAAAGAAAUAAAGGAAAAGUGGCUGCAACAGCCACUAAAUCAUUUCGAUGCAAAUAAUACUGAAACCUGGAUGAUGCGUUAUUUUGUUAAUGAUGAGUUCUAUCAAACUGGUGCUCCCGUAUUUGUGUUUGUGGGUGGCGAAUGGGAAAUAUUCCCUCAUAUGCUGAAAAGUGGUCAUUUUUAUGAUAUGGCCAGGCAGCAGGCAGCUGUAAUGUUUUACACCGAACAUCGUUAUUAUGGUCAAAGUUGGCCGAGAAGUAACUCAUCUACCAACAACUUACAGUAUUUAAAUGUUUUACAAUCUCUGGCCGACUUAAAAUACUUUCUAACUUAUCAGAAGUCUUCAGCAAAAGCUUUAGAAAAUUCAAAAGUCGUUUUAGUAGGUGGUUCAUAUUCUGGCAGCAUGGUUGCGUGGUUUAUGAAAUUAUAUCCACAAAUGGCAGAUGUAGCCUGGGCUUCCAGUGCUCCCUUAAGGGCUAAAAUGGAUUUUAAUGAAUACUUGUCUUUAACCAUGCAUUCAUUGCAACAAAAAGGCGGUGUAACUUGUAAACAAAAGCUUGAGGAAGCUUUCAAAGGCUUGGUAAAUAUAAUGCAGUCUUCAAAAAUGUAUAGCCUAUUAAAACGUUUAAAAAUAUGCCAAUCAUUUGACACCACAAAUCCUCUCGAUCGCCAAGCUUUUUUCAAUGGCUUAGGCAAUUAUUUCGCCAGCUUAGUGCAAAGCUAUAGUUCCCUAAUACCACAAUUUUGUUUAACAUUUACUAAAUUGGACUUGAAUCCCACUGAAGCUUUAAUCAAAUAUUUGACACAAUUAUUUUCAACAUCAGAUGAGUUGAAAAUAAGAGAAGAGGAGGAAUGGUGUUUAGAUUUUUCCUAUCAGGGCAUGCAGUCAAUAUUUACAGAUGUAAAUGAAUUUAAAACAGGCACUCGUCCUUGGUUUUAUCAAACCUGUCAUGAAUUUGGUUGGUUUUCCACCACUGCCAACUCCAUAAGCACUGCAAAUACUGUGUUAACAACUCCCACCUCUACAUCAGCAGCAUUUGGCGGACAGGUGCCUUUGUCUUAUUUCCAGCAAUUGUGUCAGGAUGUUUUUGGAAAUUUCAAUAAUAAUGCUGCUUCUGUUGUUGGUGUUGAAAAUUUGGGUCAUGGCAAAGAACCUCAACUACUAACAGUACAACAACUGCAGGCCAGAGCUUUAGCGAUAAAUAAACUUUUUGGUGGUUUUUCUAAUGUUUCUCAACAUGUUAUUUUUACACAUGGUCUAUUGGAUCCCUGGCGUGCAGCUGGCAUACAAUAUGGCCAUAAUGUUUUACUUAUUAAAGACUAUAGUCAUGUGGAGGACAUGGGUUCAAUAAACCUUAAAGACACGGUGGAAAUGAAUGUGGCCAAACUGAAAGUGGCUUCGUUUAUUAAUAGAAUUUUAAGGUAUCAUUAG